AUGAUUGCAGUAAUAGACACAGGAUAUUUCAUAGAAAGGCAGAUUCCUACAGACAAGGUGAUUAGGGGAUAUGUUACAGAUUCUGUUAUAAAUGAACUUAAGACUGCAGAGUCUGAAGAAUAUCUCAAGUUCUUCUCCUUCAUGAUAGAGGUAAGGAAUCCUUCGGAAGAAUAUGUAGAGAAGGUUAGAAGAGAUCUUAGAAAAGAGGUCAACAACUUGAGUAAUACAGAUAUCGAGGUUGUAGCACUAACACUGGAACUAAAAGAUGAGGUCUCGGAAAUGUGGGUUGGGCCGGAAAGCCAGAACCAAGAGGAAGUUGUUUGCUUUACAAAUGACAACGGGAUAAAGAAUGCGUUAUUGCGGUACACUAUAUACGAGAGCUCUAUGUUUUCCUCUCGAAAGUAUAAAGUCCGAUGCUAUGGAUGUUUUAGCCUUUUUUCCGAGAAUCUGGACUUCUGCAAAAAAUGUGGACAUCGAACACUGACAAGAAUAGCCGUUGGAGACACGGAGAAUGGGGAGGUUAUGUUUUUUAAGAAAGGAUACGAAUACAGGAAGCCAAAGACACUUAAGAAUGCAAAGGGAGUGGAACUCCGGAGUGCAGAUCAGAGAGAGUAUGUCCAGUAUCAAAAAAAUCUAAAGAGUAAAAGCAACAGGUCCCAGAGAGGACUAGAUUUCUGA